GAUCGCUUUCCUCACCUUGGCAUUUCUACCUGCCACGUUCAUCUCGGCGGUCUUCAGCAUGUCGUUCUUCUUUUAUGAUGCCGACGUGGGCUGGACCAUGUCGAGCAAAAUCUGGGUGUAUUGGGCCUUUGCCAUUCCCGUGACUCUUGCUACGUCGGGGUUCUGGUACUGCUGGCAGCAGGUCAUGGCACGGGUGGGACGCGAUGGGGUCCUGCAAGGAUAACGCCGGUGCCGAGACUGGCGCCCAGGUGCCUUGAGAUGAGAAACAGAAGGCCAAGUGGAUAGUGGAUU